AUGACAAAAAAGGACAAGAUAGCUCCAGAUACAAAUAAACUGAGAAAUCUAGAAACGAAGGAAACGAAGUCAAUCAACAACCCCAGGAACAGGGAUAAAAUCGAAAAAGACCAGUAUCAGUCCCUAAUUCUAGGUAACAAGAAUAAAAUGAUUCUAAGGGAUCUGGCAUACAGACCCCUAACCCAGAUCCUUGAAAUUCAGCAUCCCCCCCCCCACUCACCAGACCUCUUAAGCCCCAACAGGAAGCUAACUGGACUCAAAAGCAACUCAUCCAAACUGAACAAGUCCCUAAGCCUCAAAAACAGACAAAAGACUUAG